CACCAAUAAAAAUAAUUUCUUCCCAUUUCUUCUCGCCGACAGCAUUCAUUCACCAAUGAAGAUCAAAAAUGAAAUCCAAACUCAGUGUUUAAACGCGCUUUCGACGGUUCAGAUUGAAGAAAGUUGUAACGUUAUUAUAAAAAAUUUACGCCGGUGCUACGCGUGGAGUGUGGUGAAAAUACAGUGAAAACAAUAAAGCAGUUAUCAGACGUCCACUUAUUAAAGAAACAGCACGAAAAUGGAGCUACUCAAGGUGCUCCUAAUACUAUCAACUAUAGCUAUAUCUGAAUCACAAAACGAAAAAGCCCCAGUAACAAUGACAAGAACCGAAAUAAAAGUGUCAAGAAGUCUAAACCCUGAAGACACACAAACUUUAAAUGUAAUGACAAGAGAUGGCAACGUCGCUCAACUCAUAGUAAAAAGAAGAGAUGCCAAAUCCAGGCAGACUGCUGGCCAAAAUGUUGAAUCAACAAACAAAGUGGACAAACCUCACUUUAGUAGGGCUCUGUAUGCCAACUGGGUACCAUACUCGACAUCUAGCUAUUUUAAGCCAAAGAUUAUUACUUUGGACACCAUAGCUCUAGUAAGGAAUGCCAGUGACGGAAAAUACAGCACCAACAACAAUUUAGGGAAUGUUAUUGACAGCGACAGGUUACCUCAUGUCCCAAAACCCGUGACUAUCACAUCAGACGAAGUCUUCGUCAAAAACGCGGAUAAAAAACGCGGCAGGUCCGUCAUGAAAAUCGAUAGUGAUGGAAUCCCAGUAAUCCAUGGAGUAAGAGUGCCUGAUGAUGAAUCCGAUAAGAAGACGUGGCGUAACGCUCGCGUCAUUAAUGGAGAAUUGGUUCCCUAUGAAAAGGAUUACAAACCUCCAGCAGCGGUGCCUAUUGGACAGUUGGUAUACGCGAGUCAAGUUAAGAAGGAGAAGGAGGAGGUUAGAGCAGUUGGUCCGUUUAGUAAGGAGGAUAAUUUUAGUACCGAAAAGCCCAAUGAAGGCCCCAUUGGACCAUUCACUGUAUCAGAUAACUUACCACAGCAAAUUGAUCAACAACGAACAGACUUUGUUAAAAUCUCAAGUAGUGGACCAUAUACCAAAGCUGACAACGCAAGACUAUCAGGAGGUAAAUUGAUAGACUACAUUAAAGAAAUCAACGCUAAAGAAUCAAAGAAGGACUACUUCACCAAAAGACAGUACAGAGCGUACGAACAACCUCAACAGAUCCAAAGAAGAAUGUUGCAGUACCCAGGCCAAACCUAUUACCCAACGUCCCAAUUAUACACUCCAAGCACAAAGUUGAGCCCUGUUACGUUCAACGAAGGCGUCAGAACUCCAGUUUUACAAUAUGCACAUCCAGAGUUGGGAGUGCAACCAGCCAAAGCCACUAACGAAGAAGAGGAAUCCUACCAAGAGCAAAACUACAACAGCAUCAACUCCGGAAGACAGAACCAAUAUUAUGACAGCCCGGUGGAAUACUACAAACGGGAUGUAAUGAACUACCCCUACAACACGUACUACAUAUCGAAACCAAAAGCCGAGCAACCUUUCUGGAUUAAAAUCACCGAAAGUAUCAAAGAUAACGUUCAAAGCGGUUUCGAGCGAAUGCAACAAAUUACGAGACCGGUUUUCGAUCCCAUUAUGGAAGCAACGCAUAAGAUUUCUCACAACCUGGGCUUCAGUAAGGAUAGUUCUCAACGUGCCCAGGACAAAGUGGGUUUCGUAGCCCCUAUGGGUGGCAGUGUUAUUCUACCAGCCUUAGGAUUAGUAGCAGGUGGAGCGGCUUUAGGGUUGGGAGCUUCAGCGCUGGGCAAGUUUCUGAGCCCGGAAGAAAUGAGAUCUCUACAAGGAGUCAACCCCAACGACAUAGUUUUCAUCAUGGAAAACAACCAGGAACACAAAAGACCCAAACGAAGCAUCAAUGAUUACUACAUGGAAAAAAUCGUAUCCAACAUCCACAGAGACAUGCUUGAAGAAUCUCAACUAAGGCAAAGAAGAACGAAAAGGAACGUGGAAGAUGAGUAUUAUAUGCAAGAAUUGGAAAAAUCUGUGGAAAAGGAUUCGAGUCUAAAGCAAUUAUCAGCGGCUCAUUAUUGGAGCGAUACGCCUUGUUCGAAAAGAAUUUUUUGUGAGGUCAUGAUUCAUCAGAAUUCCGACGAAGUCGUUCUAAUGGAGAAGAAGAUGGAUACUUUACUAUCCAGGGGUGUCAAAAUGUUGGGUAAAUUAGCUGUCGCCUUUUUUGUAGCAGGAUUUUUGCUUCCUGCUGAAAGUGCAGUUUUAAGUGAUGCUAGUGAUAGUAAUAACAAUGACAUAUCUAGCAGGGGGUUAGAUACCAAAAACCUGCUGACCUCCCUAGCAACGAGUUUCAUGUCGCCUAGAUACGGUUUGACAGCAACAGGAGGAAACUCGCAAGUUGUCUCGCUAAAUUUGACGAAUUUGUUUGUCCUGGUGCUUCUGAAAGCGCUUAUUUUCGCAGCAGGAUCUUUAGGAGCAGGAACGUGGAAAGGUGGACUUGCCAGGAGCAACGAUGGGGAGGAAACAAUAUUAUCCGACGAAGAGAUCCUGCUGUUUUUGGGAUAUUUGACAGGUUCAGCAGGAGACAACGGCUGCCUGCAGAAAAUCUCCUGCAAAACGCCGCAGCAAGCGAAGCGCUACGUCGCUGCAGGAGACAUGCUCCUGAAGGCCAGCAGGAUGUUGUCGAUUAAUCCUGAAACGUCGUACGAGUACGUGCUGCAGGAAGUGGACACAGCAGCCGAAACCGGAUUGGCAGGAGGAAACUGCGAACAGUUUAUUUGUGCAGGAAGCAAUCCUGCGAUAUGA